AUGCCUGGCCACAACAAGGUGACUUGCCCCUCAACAAAUAAGCCAGUUAAGCUCAAGGUGAAAAGACCAAAGAUAACCAAGAAUACACAGGAAUUUGUAUUUGAAGGGUCGGUGAAUGGUGGUGCAGUAGGGGUGCAAGGAUCAGUUAACAGUGUUGUAGGUGGUAUACAUGGAGGUGAAGGUGGUGUGCAUGGUGGUGAAGGUGGUGGAGUGCAUGGUGUGAAAGCAAGAGUAGUGGGGGUUGCAGUUAGAACAAGAAAGCAUUCUGAGAGAAUUUUGAAAACCAGACUUGCAAAAGCAGUGUAUGGGAAAAAUGGUGAAGGCAGCUCAAGAACAAAUGCAGUGGAUACAGAUUAG